UGUUGUGUUCGAAAGGAAGGAGAGAAAUAAGAAAAACAAAAUCGAAAACAAAAAAUCUGUGAGCGUAGCGAUCUGUUUUGAUAAGUAGUGAAAAUGUAAAAUGUAGUUGUCGUUAUCAAAACAUCUGUUUUCUUCCUUUUAUCUAAAGAAGUCUUUUAAAACAUUCGCUGUCGACUUAUUCAGUUCUUAUUGUUCGUUCACUCGAGAAACAUUUUGCCUACGUGUUUUGCACGGAAUUCAUUAUUUUUUGUUUUUAAUCAGCAAAAAUAUAAAUUCAUUAAAAUGCACGUAUACAACCAGGUAGUGUUUCUGGUCGUUGGGUUCCUGUUGAUAAACAUCACCGCCAGCAUGAGUCCUUAUGAAAGGAUGAUUAAAAGAGAAUCGACGCAAGGUCUGUAUGGACCAAACGACAAAGUCAUAAUUGUGACUGCUGCAAAUAUUGAAAAAGUUGUGUUCAACAAUCCAAAAGCCACUUUUCUGGAAUUUUAUAACGCUUAUUGUGGAACAUGCCAAAGAUUCUCUUCAGUAUGGAAGGAAGUUGGUACAAGCAUCGCUCCUUGGAAUAGUAUCGUUGAGAUUGCAGCAAUUGACUGUGCAAGUGAUGAGAACAAUGCUGUCUGUAGAGAACAUGAGAUCAUGAGAUAUCCCACAAUGCGAUACAUGCCACCAAAUUAUCAAAAGGGGAAGAAGCAAAUUGGAACCAAUUUAGAUCACUUAAAUUUGCCAACAUUUGAUGAUUUGCUUGAUGAGAUCACAAUACGUCUUGUCAACGAGACAGAAGGUGGACCAUCAUGGCCUAAUUUCGACAAUUUUGAUGGAAAUAACUGGAAAGAUGUGUUUAAUGAAGCUUCACUUGACACGAAGUUUGUGUACAUAGUCAAUGAUAAUCUUCUUGGAUAUCUUCCACAACAAGUUGUUCUCGAUCACAUAAAUGUCGAAAGAGUUGAUGUUAGAAUUGUUGAUGGAGAGUUUCGAUUAAUUCCAGAUAAAUCUUUUAAACUUGGCGUUGUUGAUCCAAAAGGUGAUUUUAAAACCAUUCCAGUAGAGAUUGAGUUGAGAGAAGAAUUUUCAGAAGCGAUUUCAAAUCAUUUAAAGCAACAUCAUUUGCUUGUGGCUACGACAGAGUCUCCACCAAAGGAAAAUGACGUUCUUGAGAACGGUACCGACUCUGCUGCUGAUCUUCUCAACCGUUUCUUCUAUGACAAAGCACGAUCAAUGAAACCAAUGCCAUUGUUUCGUGCUGAUCUUGAACAAGCAAUCAGAAAUACUUUAAAUCAUGAAGUUAUUCAGCGUGAGACAAUUUCUGGUGAAUCUCUUUCUGCUUUAAGGAACUUCGUGUCAGUUUUGGCACGAUAUUAUACAUAUGGCAAUAAGAAUUCAUACAAAAAGUUGCUUGACUAUUUAAUGGAGCCAUCAGUAAUCGAAGUGAAUGGAUCUGACUUGCAAACAUUCUUGAAGAAUUUAGAUCCGCCAAUUGUACAUGAGAGUCAAUAUAUUGGAUGUUUCAGUACUCAAGCGGGAAAACGACGAUUUCCAUGCUCACUUUGGUCGCUAUUUCAUCAUCUUACAGUUCAACAUUUGGAGAGUGAAGACAAUGAAGAUCCAAUGGAAGUUCUUUAUGCAAUGCAUGGUUACAUUAGUCACUUCUUUGGUUGUUCUGAUUGUGCCAAACAUUUCAAAGAAAUGGCGAAGAGAAAUAACAUUUGGAAUGUUACGAGUAAAGAUCAGGCUGUGUUGUGGUUGUGGAGUGCGCACAAUGAAGUCAACCAAAGAUUAGCUGGCGAUUUAACAGAAGAUAAAAAUCAUCCGAAAAUUCAAUUUCCAAAUGAUGAUUUUUGUCAUGCUUGCCGGAAGAGUAAUGGGGAUUGGGAUAAGCAAGAAGUUCUCGAAUUUAUGCGUCGACAUUAUGGAAAUUCUCAUAUAAACGACAUGGGAUUAGAUCAACCACGAGCAUUAAAGUUGAAUGCAAGAGCGAGACAAAUCUUUGCUGGUGGAGCUAAUAACACUCAUCUACAUAUUGGAAUUUUGGCUUAUGUUGUAAUCAUAAUCUGCUUAAUGGUUGUUGCUGUUAAGUUUUACUUCCGCCGUGGUUAUCGAAAGAAGCUUUACCAUCAUGACCUUCUUGGUAAGGUUUAACUUUAAUCAGAGGAUUGUAACCAAAAACAAAUAUCUCAAAUUUUAUCGUUCAAAAUAACAGGAAGACCAUGUGCAAAAUUUAUUGUGAGAAUCUUAAAAAUUCUGUGUUGUUGCUUUUUUUUAAAUAAGAAAUCUUGUUGUAUUGAUGACGCUUUGUCGAUAAAUAAAGACGAAAAGAUAUUUAAUGACUGAAGAAAAAAAGUUUUCAAUUAAUUGUUUACAUUUAUCGUGAUGCAAUGUGCGCGUUUAUUGAAUUUACAUUUAAUCAGCU